CUCAUUACCUUCGGUCAGGGCUCACGGUCAGCGUCAACAUUUUAUUACUUGGCAAAAUGAAAUUUGCGAUCGCUAUUUUUGCGCUAUAUACGGCGGUAGUGGCGGCGUCGCCUGCGCGUUCCAAGCGCCACUACGAACCAGGUCUGCUGCAGUCUACCUCUCUUCAGAGCAGCUCGUUACAGCAGACGCAGUAUGAAUCUACGUCACUAGAACAAAAGACCUACCAGCCCCAGCAGCAACUAUACAAUUUACAACCUACUCCCACGUGGCAAGCGCCUCCUGUGAUACCCCUGAACCAGAAUAAAGUAUAUUCGAGACCCCAAUACACGAUUCAAGAACCAAUUUACACCGAGCAGCUGCCUGUAGUACAAAACAUUCAACAUACACAACAACACAGACCUAUCCAGCUAUACAAUUCAGCGCAACAGUAUAAUCCUAUUCAACAAUACACUACCAGUAAUCAGUACACUUCGCCACAACAGUACACCCCUACUCGGCAGUACACCACUGUGCAACAAUACACUCCAACCCAGCAGUACAUACCCGUCCAACAGCCCAUUCAGCUGUACAGGCCCGUCCAAGGAUACAGACAGGUGCAGCCCAUCCAGAGUUACGUUCCUCACAGUUAUGGAAGCUAUCAACGUGUGGAGCCCUGGUGCUAAAUAUAUCUAAGCCGGUGUUGUAAAAUGUAUAAAAUAAUGUGUAAAAAUGAAAAAGGAAUUAAAGUGUACCUCAGUAUUGCUUCGA